ACACCACCAUCAUAUCAGAAAAUAUACACCAUCUAUAUAGUAGAGAGCAGAGGCGGCUUGGAGGUAUGUGCGAGGUGUGCGACGGCAUAGUGCCUCAACUCAAAAUUUUGAGGUGCCACUUUUAUAUUUUGCACAGAGCCUCCUAAAACUCGGAGACGCCCCAGGUAGAGAGUAAGAGCUUGGAAGACUCAAAGAGCAAUUCACUUUGAAACAAUGGUUGGAGCAGCAAUGAUAUCCAAGUCUCAAUAUCUUUUCUUCCAAUUCCUAAUCAUCAUCCUCCUCUCAACACUGUUCAUCCACUUCUCUCAAGCUGACGUUGGCACUGCUUCCCAUUAUGGCCCUCCCUUUUUACCGACGGCGUGUUUUGGGGGAGAUGCAUCACAAUUUCCGUCGAGCAACAUGUUUGGUUCAGCAGGAGAAGGUAUAUGGGACAAUGGUGCAGCAUGUGGGAGGCUAUAUGAGGUGAGAUGUAUAAGUGCAGCUGUACCUAGAACUUGCAUUCCAGGUCAAACAAUUCAGAUUAAGAUUGUUGAUAGGGCACAAUCCUCUGUUUCUAGGCCUUCUUCAAGUGAUACUUCUAUGGUCCUCUCCACUACUGCCUUUCAGAUCAUUGCAAAUGUUUCUGCAUCUUUGAUUAACAUUGAAUUCCAGCAGGUUUGAAAUUUUGAAAUGUGCAAAUAGCCUUAGAUGGCGUUAUACAAAGGGAAGAUAGGAAUUGUAGCAUAGCAAAUGCAUUGCUGAGAAAUUAAUUUCUGUGGUGAUCGGUGCAGUGGAAUUUGCAUCGGUAUUUUAAUUUCCAACAUGUUAUGGUAUAUCAUGAAUAUUUGUAUGUGUGGAUUUUGUUCCUCUCUUCUCCAGAUUGACCAUUAUUUUUUUUUCCUUUGAGUAAAAAAAGUUAGCCAUUAUUUUUUAAUUA